UUGAUCACAUUUUGAUCACAUUUUUUUGUCAAUUAACUUAAAUUGUUUUCUUAAUGUAAUCGAAUGUUUUUCUCUGUUUUAAUUGUGUAAAAUUAAUCUUUGUAGUCUGAGAGUUUUUAGUUGGUUAUGUCCACGAACGUGAAAAGUUCAACUGAUCCAAAAAAGGAAAAGGAUGAACCAAAAACAGAAACAAAAUGUGAACAAAAUAAAAGUCAAUCAGCUGAUGAAUAUAACAAUGUGGAUCCAGUUACUGAUGAGCAUUUGAAAUUAUUUCCAGAACGUCGAGGUGGUGAUAUUAGACAUACGAGCUUUUUAAAAGACUUACGACAAGAGCGAGACCAAUGUGAAUUCAGAACAUUAAGUGUCCUCAAGAAUUAUCCUUUGGUUAAGCUUUUAGAAAGAGCCAUGAAAGCUCAUGGAUGUGAGCUUGAUUAUCGGCGGCAUUUCAGUUGUGAGCCUUGUAAUGGGAAAACGACCGGUGGUUAUGAUGUUUACUAUAAUCAGAUUGUUGUUUGUUCCAAUAAAUAUAUGAACAAAGGUCAAUUUAUGGGAACCAUAGGUCACGAAAUGAUCCAUAUGUUUGAUGCCUGUCGAGCAAAAUUAGAUUUCAAUAAUCCAGAACAUGUCGCUUGUACCGAAAUUAGAGCGGCUAAUUUGAUGCACUGUUCAAUUCCUGGAUCAAUCUACAAGGGAACUACACCAAUUUAUCGUUGGGCUGACACACAAAAGGAAUGUGUUCGAGAGAAAGCAUUUCUUUCCUUGAUAUCUUCGCUUCCAGAUUUGGACCAUUCGAAAGCCUAUGCAAUUGUUGAUAAAGUUUUCGACAAAUGUUACAAUGACAUGGAACCUUUUGGUCGACAUAUCCAAAGCUUCAAAGACUCACUUUAUGCCUACCGAGAGCGAUAUCUCUAUGGAUACCCAUGAAUAUCGACUAGUUGUUAAAUUUUUAAAUAAGAAAUCGGAUCAUCUAUCAAAAACCUUCAACCCAUUGGUGUAAAUAGACUUGUCACUGUAUUUAGAGAACGAUAGUUGAAUCAAUACAAGUUGAAACGAUAUUGGUACUGGACGAAAAGUUCACUCUAACCAAAAGCACUUGUAUAAAUAACGAAAAAGCGGUUGAUGCAAUAUAUAAAAAUCGGAGCAAAAGAAAAACGAUUUUCUUUUUUAUUUGUGCUCGAUUUUUCUGCUUUAUUAGAUUAAAGCGAAUAAAUUGGUUGACAAUUCAA